AAAAUCCUUUCAGGAAGUUGUGUGGGAGAUGCAGUUGGUACGUGCAAUUGUGCUGCGUGUUCGUCAUUUGUGGCCUGCCAGGACGACUCGGUUUGCGGUGGGCUCAGAGGAGCGUGUAACAAGCAAACUGGACAGUGUGAUUGUGAACGCGGUUUGCAUUCACUUCAUUUCAUUCAGCACUUGCCACGCUUUUUAAUCGCACAGUUCAAUGCGACAAAUUUUCCAUCCUUCAAUCCGAAUGGAAGCUAUUUCGAUGCGUUGAUGUUCUUUUGUAACAUUAAAAGAGGCGUACCAAACACGGAUAAAUGCUUUGGACUUCCUUGUAAUAGCGGACUUUGUGCGUGUUCUUAA